AUGGUGGAGCUCAACCUCUACAUGGAGCACCCUGCCGUCACGGCGAUGAGUGCCGACGAGGCGGCCGCCUGGCGCCGGAAGCACCGCGUGCAGGUCUCGGGCGGCACCGCGCCCAAGCCGGUCCGCACAUUUCUCGAGGCGGCGUUCCCCGAGUUCCUGACGGCCGACAUCGAGGCGACAAACUUCCGCGCGCCGACGCCGAUCCAGAGCCAGUGCUGGCCCGUCGCGCUCAGCGGGUGCGACCUCAUCGGCCUCGCGGCGACCGGCUCGGGCAAGACCCUCUGCUUUGCGCUGCCCGCGAUCACGCACAUCGUCGCGCAGCCGCGGCUGCAGCCGGGCGACGGUGCCAUCGCGCUGAUGCUGGCGCCGACGCGCGAGCUGGCGCUGCAGAUCAAGGGCGAGUGCGACGCGUUUGGAGGGCCGAGCGGCGUCACAAACACCGCCAUCUACGGGGGCGUGCCAAAGGGGCCGCAGCAGCGCGACCUCCAGCAAGGCGUCGGGAGAGAUCGGGUCGAGAUCGUGAUUGCGACGCCCGGCCGGCUGCUCGACUUUAUGGAGGCUGGCGUCACCAACCUCCGCCGCGUCUCCUUCCUCGCGGACCGCAUGCUCGACCUCGGCUUCGAGCCUCAGCUGCGCCGGAUGGCGGCGCAGCUCCUUCCACAGAGGCAGACCCACCCCCUCUUGCAGACCCUCCUCUUCUCGGCGACCUGGCCGCGAGAGGUGUGUGCGACGAGUCGGAGCGGUUGGGCCGCUUCCUGCGGCUGCUGCCGCAGGCGCGGCUGCGAGGCGAUCCGCAACGAGGUGCGGCGGCGCGGCAUCGGCGCGGAGGCGCUGCACGGCGACAAGUCGCAGCACGAGCGGGACUGGGUGCUGCAGCAGUUCAAGCAGGGCGCGGCGCCGGUGCUGGUGGCGACCGACGUGGCCUCGCGCGGGCUCGACGUGCAGGACGUGCGCGCCGUGGUCAACUACGACGCCCCCUCGCAGGCGGAGGACUACGUGCACCGCGUCGGCCGCGCGGGCCGCGCCGGGGCGAGCGGGCGCGCCUACACGCUGCUCACCUCGGCCAACGCGGCCUUCGCGCGCGAGCUCGCGGCGAUGCUGCGCCGGCAGGGCGCGCGCGUGCCGCAGGAGCUCGGCUGGCUGGCGAGCAGCACGCGCGGCGGGGAGCAGUCCCACCGCCGCUGGAGGUCGGACGACCGCGGGCACGACCGGCGCUGA